AUGGACCACAAGGAUGCAGUACUGGCAGCUCCACCGCCGCUUCAAAAACGGAUGGAGCUGCAAUCUAUAGAGGACUUUGAAGCCGAAAUGGAUGUCCUUGAUGCUGCGAAAGGAAUGACCGCGACUACAAAGCCGAUUCCGCAGCAUCUCCCCAAGAAACCCAAGAGAACCAUUGAUGCCGGUGCUCUUGAGGCCGAACGAAAAGCGCGAGAAGAGAUGGGAAACGAAAACUGGAUUGGAAAACUUCUUGAAUAUCGCCAAGCACGUCAAGCGAGGUUGAUCUCCGGAGCACCACCCAGGAACCAGGGUAUCGAGUACAAGGAGGUCCCUAUCAAUUCAAGUAUCAUCCGCUUCGCUUUUGCCGUUGAACUUGCAGAGUCUCCUCAGCAAUUUGGGGGUGCAGACCUGUCCUUCAGCAAUAAGAAGGACGCGAAACAAUGGGCAGCCAAGAAGGCUCUCGACUGGUUGACCGGAAGUAAUGGUAUGGCCUCUACUGGUAAGAGAACUAUUGACGUCAAAGCUCUUGAGGCUGAAAAGGCAGCGAGAGAGGAGAUAGGCAAUAACAACUGGGUUGGAAAACUGCUCGAAUACCGUAAUGCGCAUCCAGUCACAGCGCCAUCCAGAGUUGCACCAACUGGAGCACGUCCUGGGCUUGAUUACAAGGAGGAAAAUCUGAACUCAGGAAUUAUUCGAUUCGCUUAUACCAUCGAGAUUGAAGAGUCAACACAGACAUUCGGAGGAGCAGACCUAUCUUUUAGCAACAAGCAGGACGCCAAACAAUAUGCCGCUAAGAAAGCCAUUGAUUGGUUGAUAGCAAAUAGUCAUAUGCCCUCCGAUGGUUCCGCCCGAUUUUCGAAGCCGCCUCCACCGAUGCAGCUGCCUCAGUCAAAGAAGCGAAAGUCCACGUCUCCAUUAGGCUCCGGUCCCGCCGCCGAGGGAACGUUCAAGUACGCGACCAUGAUUCCACCCCUCUGUGGCAAGCUUGGCUUUGGGCCACCCUGUUACGAGUUGGAAAAGGCGGACAAUACUUCCUUCUGGAAUGGAUAUGCAAUCUUUCCUGGUAACCCCAUUAUUGAUGGGAAAGUGGGGGAAGUUAGGAAUAUCUACGGCAAGGACAAGACAAAGGAAGAGAUUGCGGCGGUAGUCUACAGCUUCUUGAAGGACAUCGAACGUCAGCGGGGAGAGCAAUUGGACAUUGAAGACAGGAAGAGGAAGCAUUCUCCGGAUGGCUCAGAUAAGUCAGAAUAG